AUGGCACGCUCUAGAGGACCAGCCAGACCGGCUUCCAGACCAAUGCAGACGCGCUCUGCGUCGACCAUGGCCGCACCUGCGCAUGCUCCCGCUCCAACUCAAUCCGCUUACUCACAUCCGCCAGCUACUGCCGCAGCUCAGCCUAAGCAACCAGGUUUGUUUGCUCAGAUGGCUUCCACUGCAGCAGGUGUUGCUGUAGGCAGCGCAGUCGGCCACACCAUUGGCGCCGGAAUUACUGGAAUGUUCUCCGGUUCGGACUCCGCUCCCGCCGAGCAACAACAACAACAACAGCUAGCCACUGCGAACACACAACAGAGCGUUGGUGAGCAGACCAAGGCUUGUGAUGUAGACGCUAGAAACUUUACUCGCUGUUUGGACGACAACAACGGUAACUUCCAGAUCUGCGAUUACUACCUACAGCAACUGAAGGCAUGCCAGGAGGCCGCUCGUCAAUAUUAA